AUGAGAGGUCAUGCUUAUGAUGUAUGCGUGAAACUUCGGGACCAUAGAAAAAACAAAUUACAGUUCAAGGAGUCGUGUCGGGUAAUAACAAUCUCCGAAGAGCAAUCUGAAGACUCCGUAAAUCAAAGGAAUAUGGUUAGACAACCUGCUGUGGCAUGUGAAGAUAGUGAUAGUGCCUGGUUAGCAUACAAUACUCCCAGCAGGGAUAACGGUGCAAGGAGGGUCGAAUAUCGUCUUCUCGAGAUAGACAAUGAUUUGAGGAGAGUGCAGAUUGAUGUGCGCACUCUAGCAACAAACAUAGACUGUGUGGCUAUGGCAAUAAAAAAUAUGAAAGAGCAAUUAAAAGAGAUACUUGAUAAGUUGAAUACUUAUGAAAAGACUAGAGUCGAAACGUGCCAAACUAUUACCUGUGGUGUCGAUUCUAAUACCAAGGAAGAUGAACGAGCUGAGGAUUCUUUCCAAAUUAAGCUUAAGUCUGGAAAGGUGUUACCAGAAAGACAAGGGCAGCCGCAAAAUGGUAAAGAUAAAGAAAUUCAGAUAAAUGAAGAGGCACCGACUUCAUCAAAUCAAGGAAAGUUAUCAAAGAUUGAGUAUAACAUACUUUCCCAUUUAAGAAAAGUGCCAGCCUUGUUGAGUGUGUAUGACGCCCUGAUGAUGUCCAGAGAACUUCGGGAUGUACUCAUCUACGCUUUACAAAACCCCGAGCCCUUUUAUGCGUAUUUUGCUGAGAUGAAUAUGAAAGAAGCAUUGUACUCCAGACAUAUCGCCAAUGUUACUUUCACUGAUGAGGACAUGCUGUUGGGAACUGCUCAUCACAAUAGGCCGUUAUACGUGACUGGGACAAGCGAUGGAGAGAAGAUUAAUCGUAUUCUAAUCGAUCCUGGAUCCUCAGUCAACAUUUUGACUUUAAGAACUUUGAAAAGUUUAGCUCUGAAUGUCGAUCAUCUGUCCUCAGAAAAAAUUUUGAUUCAAGGCUUUAAUCAGCAUAGCCAAAAAGCUCUCGGGUCGAUCAUUCUUCCUAUAAAAUUUGGAGCAUUGCGGACCGAUGUAAAAUUCUAUGUGAUAAAUGCAGAUACUUCGUAUAAAGCGUUAUUGGGACGGCCUUGGUUGCACGAGUAUAAUGUUGUCCCCUCUACUCUUCAUCAAUGUAUGAAAUAUAUUAAGGAUGGAGAAGAAUUCAGAAUUGAUGGUGAUAUACGCCCAUUUGGAGUGCAUGAAGUACGAUAUGAAGAUGCGAGGUAUUUUGCAGAAUCUGAAAAAGAUAUAAAAUUGUCUCGCGAACUCGAAGAGGGUAAAGUUCAGAGCGAUAAAAAAUUAUCAAAGGGAAAGAUAAAAAUUGAGGAUAAUAAAGAAAAUGUGAUUCCACACUUCGGAAGUGAUUCAGAAGAUUCUGAUGAUGAAGAACAAGUAAGAAAAAUGUUGGAAACAUUUUCUUUCAAGUUGAACAUGCCCUGGGGAGAAGACUCAUCAGAAGAUGAAGAGAUUUUCUUGACAUCCGAGUCAAAUAUGUUCGUAAGAACUCCUGAAUUGAUUGAGGAUUCCCUAACUAUUACUAGAGUUCCAUAUGGACAUAUAAAAUCUCUUCACAUAAAUGAGCCAACAAAAGUGAAUGAUCUAAAAACCUUCUUUGUACCUCCUCAAGUUGAGAAAGUCAAAGGAAAAGAAAGAAUAAAGAAAGGGAUCCUUUUUUACAAGUCAGAUGAUUAUAAACCCUCUGAUCUUAUCAAGCUUGAUAACUCUGAUGAGGAAAUAUAUGAAGAUGUCAACAUGCCAAAAUACUUUCCGAAGAAUCUCAAAAACAUGAUGAAUAGAUCGGGAAUUCCUGCGAGAAGGUCACGAGCUAAUCGAAAAUUUUUUCAGAAAAUGUGGAAUCCACAACAAAAAAGAGUUGUGCUUCCAAAUGGCCGAACGAUACACACGAGAGGGCUAGGAUAUCAUCAAUCUGCCCAUAUGCACAAGAUAACCAACAAUGAUUCACUUGUCAUGCGACAUACCUGCACUAUGAUUACAAUAAAGGAUAUAAAGCAAGAUAAGGACAUGAUCUCAAUUGAGCCAGUAAAAACAAAGCUUCUGGAAUUGAAAGAUGCUCCACAAGAGCUUGAAGACGGGGGGCAAGCCACUGUUGAUGAGCUUUUAGAAAUAAAUUUGGGCAACGAAGAAGAUCGAAGACCNGAUGAGCUUUUAGAAAUAAAUUUGGGCAACGAAGAAGAUCGAAGAACUACUUAUAUUAGUGCACUACUUCCAGAAAAAGAUCAAGACAUGUUGAAAAUAUUGUUGUUAGAAUAUAAAGACUGUUUUGCUUUGACAUAUAAAGAAAUGCCCGACAUAGAUCCAAGUGUGGCUGUUCAUAAACUUGCCAUUAGUCCAGAUGUGGUUCCAGUUAAACAAGCUCCAAGAACAGAUCAUAACAGAAACUAA